UUGCAUUCCGUUUUCUUCGUGUUAUUCGUGUGUGAAGUUGUCGCACAAAAAAAUAAGCUUUUUAAUGUAACUCAAACGAUAUGUUUAAAAUUUGUGAUAGUGUUAAAUAAUAAUCUAAGGAAGGACCAAAUUUGUUCAGUAUUUUGGUGUUUUGCCUAUUCCGUUUCUUGUCACUGUUUUCGUUCGUGUGUGUUUGUAUGUUCGUUUCGUUUAUGUGUGUGUGUCUGUGGGUGUAGGAGUGUAGGAGGAGAAACACCUCGCCUUCUAAAAACAACAAAAAUUAUUAGGAAAGUUACAACCAUUCGGUAAUUAUAACGUACAGGCGUGGAAGCAAGUAAAAAGCAAGCGCCUUACCGGAUGAUUUUAAUUCGUACUGCGGCAAGUAAAAAACGGAACCGAAAAGAAAUCAGCGGAGGUGACACCCCAAAAAGCGAUUCAACGGUACGGACGCUUUAGAGGGGAUAAUGUCAAAUCAGGCGCAGAUCGACUACGACAAGCAGUUUCAGGAUGACCUGGCCAAAGCGACCGCCUUGAGCCUGGAGCAGCAUGCGCUCGACGACUACCGGCGUAACAAGAAGUACGGCUCCGGAUCAGGUUAUCAGCAAAGCUCAUCCCAUGCUGGACGGGAUUACCAGGCGGCGCAGCGUAGUCUGAGCGUUAAUCAGCCGCGACGUCACUCGGAGGUCCAUCAGGUGGUCAUCAGUCCGGGAAAUGUGGAACGAUCUCGCACUCCGCCUGCUCAGGGGUCUGAUAAUGAUCUGAUCUGCUUCGCUAGUCCCACCAGCAAGCAGCCGGAGAAUAGCAGUCCGUUUGGCAAACUCAUCGAGGAUCUACAGCGAAUGCAUCCAACUAAUCCGCAGUCGGCUCUUGUGCCCGUGGGACCUGUGGCGGCGGCAUCGGUUCCAGCUCAAUAUGGCUAUCCUCAUCAGCAACAUUCAGCCUCGGUGCAGCCUCCACCGUAUGGCAUGGUGGCAGGAGGAGGAGGAGCAGGCGCUUAUGGUGACCUGCAGCUUGUACCCUACCAGCCCGCUGCCCAACAACAGAGGCCAUUGAACAACGAGGAGAUUCAGCGGCUGUACAGCAUGCCGGCCCAAAUGGCCGUUGCUCCGGUGCAGCAGCCCAACGCCUAUUUGUAUUAUCCGGGAGCAGUUGUAACACCCUAUACGGCACCAAUAGUUCCCGGAUCCGCUGCUUUUAUGCCUCCGCAAUAUCCGUCACAGGGAUAUGGUUUUGGGAACGCUUACACACAUAUGGAUUUGCGGCGCCCACAAUCGCAACCAACUCCUCCAGCACCGCUACAGAGUCAUCACAGUCAACCGUCCAAUCAUUCCGUUCCCAGUUCCGUGGAUGCCAAUGGAGUUGCCUUCCAAGCGCGUCGGCAAGUUCCCUCGACUGCCAGCAUAAGCUCCAGUAGCCAAAUUGGAAGCAAUGGUCAUUCCUCUGGCCCACGCAGGGGCAACGAUUUAAUAGACCUCAACCACGAGGAUUACUCUCGUGUGAGUGUGCUGGAAGCUUUCGAUCCCCUGCUAAACGACAAUACUGGAAACGACAGCGCUUCUGACAGCACCUCAUACUAUGCGGAAUACGAUCCCUUUGACUUUCUGUACAGCGGCGAUGCGGGAACCCAAUAUUCCGAUCCAAUGUACGAGGCGGUCAAUAGGUGGGACAAAACUGCGGCAACUGUGAGUCCGAACGUCGGUUUUAUCGGUUGGCGGCAAGAUUUUCUAAACCAGCCAUCUACAUCUUCCUCGUGUUAUGGAGAUGCGCCACCGGAGGAGAGCGUAAAGGUGUCGGAGAACGGAUCCGGUAGUAUAUCCCCUCCUCCACCGUUGCCGCCAAGGAACCAGCAGCUAUAUGAAUCAAAUCAAGCACCUGUGCCGGCCUCGAAGCCUUAUCAAUCUUCUCAACUGACGGAUAGUUAUACCUCAAGCAUUCCGGCCAAUGUGGUUCUAGAUCGACGGAAAACCUGUACGCGUUUGUACGAAGUGAUCAGUGACCAGCGUACGGAUGAUCCCGAGCUUCUGGAGUUUUAUCAUAUGGUCAAGGAGCUUCGGGCACGUUACCCACACGACGAUACGCUCACUAACGUGGGCCAUGUGGUGGCGGCUGAGUUUAAUUACCACUACAUGAUGGACACCAGCAUCAAGGUGAUUGUGCAUCCGGCUCUGAACACUCUCCAAUCAAAUGUUAUGGCCUCCUCCUUGGCCAAGGAACAGGUGAAAGGCUAUGGAAUGCCAGUUACAUUCACCUGUGACAUUGAUUCAGUCGUGGCACAGGUGGUGGCUCAGGCAUUGGCAAUGCUGGAGGGACAAGUCAAAGGGACUGUCACAGAUUACGCAGUCAAGCCCAUUGGUCUCUUAGAGUGGCUGGCACCCACCUCAAAACUUAGUCAGCUCGAGUGCGUGCAUAAUAGUUUCCAGUUGGAGAAGGACGUACAUUUGGGUCUAUGCCUAAGUACGGCGGCUAACAUGCAGGCGAUUGCACGAACAGAGCGGGAUGAUGAACACGAUGCCGCUCUGCUACCGGAACAGUUGCUGCCCAACGAGGUCGUCCCGAUUGUGACUUACGACAACAUGAUGAUACUCAUUGAGACCUUAGAGAUGGAGAUCGACAAGCUCGAGUCGGCGGCAGAUGGAGUGCCUGGACGAAGUGUCGUGAGCUGUUCGGGAGUCGUGCAGGCUGUGAAGGCCAUUUGCGCCCUGCUCGGUUCAAUCGACACAAUGGAAAUUGCAAGAUGCGUCAACGAUCUAAAGCGCAUCUGCGAAGUGGAGCAAAAGAAGUACUCUACGGGUGCUAGUAAUCCGGAGAUUGUUAGUGACUAUGGUGAUUACGCUCAAGUUGUUCUCCGACCACGGUCAAUGCUGGAGCAAAUCAAGGUCAAGUGCAAUGAGCUGCGAGAUGCCGUGCAGGAGCUGGUUGAGCUCUACGCAAAUGUGUUCCGGGUUGCAUUCUCCGUUAAGACACCGGAUUACUCUACAACUCCCAUACCCAUCUCUUGUGUGUCCAAACCAAUUGUGGUCUGCAUCAACUGCCUACAUAGGCCACCGCCUAACUGGAAGUUUGACGAUUACUCUCUGUGCGUUCAGAUUGUUUAUGGAACACGUCUGCUGUCCAAGCCAAAUGUCUUGACCUGUUCGAAUGAUACGAGUGGAGGCCUGUUCCCUCGUCUUAACUUUAGCGCCUGGCUGACUUUUGAUCAACAUCCCAUUUGCACCUUGCCCAGGGAGGCCAGGAUCACGUUUGUCUUGUAUGGCAAACAAGCGGCCAGCGAAGGCGAACCAAAUGCGGAACAAAAUGGAGAGAGGCGUCAGGUUACCACUGAGCUGGGAUGGUGUUCCAUUCAGCUGUUUGACUUCAAGCGUGUGAUGAUAUGCGGCCCUUACCUGCUGUCCUUAUGGCCCCCAACCACUGAUAAGAUGCUGGGACCAGCCCCGGCGAGAGGUUGUCACCCGCAUCCCGACUUUUGUCCUGUUCUGAGCAUUGAGGUUCCUCCAUAUGGAGGUCGUAUUGAGUUUCCCGAGCAUCAGGAGAUACCAAAACCUGCACCGCACUAUGAUUUUGCCUCGUUGGAUGCUAAUCUGCAAGAGGAGUUGCUGGAUACUGCAGAGUUGGGUUAUACAGGAGCCACUGAGCGACGUGAGGUGUUCUGGGAGAAACGACUCUAUCUGCAGAACUAUCCAAAUGCCCUGCCUAAGGUUCUUCAUGCCGCCCACAGUUGGGAUUACGCCAAUCUAAUCGAUCUGCAUGCCCUGCUUCAUUCCUGGGCACCAUUGUCGCCUUUGCAAUCCUUGGAGUUACUGCUACCCCGAUAUCCGGAUGCCAAGGUUCGCGAAAAGGCCGUGGAGUGGAUCUCCAAGCUCCCCAAUGACCAGCUAGUGGACUUCCUGCCUCAAUUAGUGCAAAGCUUAAAGCAUGAUACUUAUGAAGGCUCGGCAAUGGCUCGAUUUUUGCUAUCCAAGUGCCUGGAGUCACCUCGCUUCGCUCAUCACAUGUACUGGCUUCUCGUGCACAGUCUACCGGAUGAUCCACAUAACUCCAUUGGAGCCGCAAUGGUGGAUCAGGAGUGCGACGAGUCACAGGUGACUCAGGCACGAUAUUAUCGCCGCAACAAAAUGAUGCUGCGCGCUCUGAUGGCUAUUUGCGGAGAAAAGAUGCUGCAGCGGUUCAUGUAUCAGCAUCGAAUGUGUCAGAAACUUACCACUAUAGCGGAGUCUGUCAAAGAGGCUAAGGAGUCUAUGAGGCAAAAGAGUUUGGCAGCAGGCAUGGACGAGGUACAUCAGGAUUUGCUGGAGAAGCCCACAUGCCUGCCCUUGGGACCAGAACUGGAAGUAACUGGAGUGAGUGUGCGAAACUGCAGCUACUUCAACUCCAACACACUGCCUUUGAAGAUUAACUUCGUAGGACCCGACGCCGAGUCCUUACCAGCUAUCUUUAAGUGCGGAGAUGAUUUACAGCAAGAUCAGUUGACCAUUCAGCUGAUUCGGAUUAUGAACAAAAUGUGGUUGGCUGAACGUUUGGACCUAAAAAUGGUCACCUUUAACUGUGUGCCUACGGGAUACAAGAGUGGAAUGAUUGAGCUGGUCAACGAAGCAGAAACAUUGAGGAAAAUCCAAGUAGAAUGCGGACUGACGGGGUCAUUCAAGGAUCGUCCAAUUGCCGAGUGGUUGGGCAAGCAGAAUCCCAGUCCGCUUGAGUAUCAGAGUGCUGUGCGAAAUUUCACUUUAUCUUGUGCUGGAUAUAGUGUAGCUACCUAUGUGCUGGGCAUCUGUGAUCGGCACAAUGACAACAUAAUGCUGAAGACUUCGGGACAUUUGUUCCACAUUGACUUUGGAAAGUUUCUUGGCGAUGCCCAGAUGUUUGGCAACUUCAAGAGAGAUCGCACUCCAUUUGUCCUAACUUCCGAUAUGGCCUAUGUCAUAAAUGGCGGAGACAAGCCCUCGACAGAUUUUCAUUAUUUUGUGGACCUUUGUUGUCGUGCCUUCAAUAUUGUGCGGAAGAAUGCUGAUCUUCUCCUCCACACUCUGGCUCACAUGGCAACAGCCGGGAUGCCGGGAGUUAAUUCCAAUGCUGUGCAGUAUGUGCGACGUGCCUUGCUGCCAUCUCAAUCAAAUCCCGAGGCAGCUGCCACCUUUGCCAAGAUGAUCCAAUCGUCGUUGAAGAGCUGGUUCACACAGUUCAAUUUCUUCUUGCACAAUCUGGCUCAGAUGCGAUUUACUCCGGAUGAGGGAACCGGAGAACUACUGUCGUUUGUUCCUCGCAAAUAUACGAUGCAGCAGGAUGGCCGUUUAAAAAUUGUGAAGGUGGUGUGCUUUCAAAAGCACUAUAGCAUGGAGAAGUUCUAUAUGUACAUUUUGGAAGUGACGCGACAUGGACAGCCCGAUCCCACACAUUUGUUCCGCUCAUAUCGCGAGUUCACCGAGUUCCAUCAGAAGUUAUGCAUGCACUUUCCUCUGGUCAAACUGCACAGUUUACCUGCUGGUGUGCAUGUGGGGCGUUCCAAUAUCAAAUCUGUGGCAGAAAAACGACUUCCUCUGAUACAGCGAUUCCUGAAAUCAUUGUUCGACGCAUCCGAGGAAAUAGCGCAUUCCGAGCUGGUUUAUACAUUCUUCCAUCCUCUACUGCGCGACCAGCAGGAGGCCAAACUUGGAAUGCCAAAGAUUAAGGAGGUGAAGCGACAACCGUCGCGGGAUAAUCCCAACGAGAUUGGCCAAAUUCGACUAUCGCUGCAAUAUCAACGCGGCGUACUUACUGUGAUGAUACACCACGCCAAAGGGCUGCCCAUGUUACAGGGCGGUCAGGAGCCCAACACCUAUGUGAAGUGCUACCUAAAACCGGAUCCCAAAAAGGAGACCAAACGCAAGACCAAAGUGGUGCGCAAGACCUGUGUACCCAGUUUCAUGGAAACGUUGGAAUACCGAAUGCCACUGAAUAUUAUUCAAGAGCGUCGACUGCAGGUUACCGUCUGGUCACACGACACCCUGCAGGAAAACGAGCUGCUUGGAGGCUUCGAAUUGGAUCUGUCGAAGUAUGAUCUGCACCAGGAGCUCUGCGAUUGGCAUCGACUGGUUUCGGUGCCAAGAAACUGACCAGAUAUGAGAGAUGACAUCUAGUUGGGACACUCUGCCGCCUACCGACAAUCAGGCCUAGGAUUAUGCAAUACUUAUAUAUAUAUGUUUGUGCCUGUCUCUUGAUCGCAAUAAUACUUACCUACUCGAAGUGAUUGUACAUUCCAUAUACAAAUAUUAUAUAUAACUUAA